UGGUGAUGAGCCUGGGCCGCGAUCGGCUGAGCACGGGCCCCACCUCGGAGGCCCACGUGUCCCCCGCGCUGCACGCCAGCGCCCCCAACAGCGACAGGCACAUCCACGACGCCGUGUACUGCCGGCCGAAGUCGAUGGGGAUCUCGCCCGGACCCGCCUGGAACCCGAAGAACGACGACGACAGCAUUUCGCCGAGGUCAUCGGAAACAAAUCGUCUCGUGAUGUUCCACUCGGCGCCCUUCUUUUACAUUACGCCACGGUCUCGCGGUGCAGCGAGCGAAGAAAUGUGUGACAAAAUUGAGACGAGAGCGACGGCGACGCACCUCCCAGCGCGCCCGAUCGAUCCAGGCUGCGUCUCUUCAGAGCUCGCGUGCUCAGCACCACCGGGACCAGGAUGGAGAAGAGCCAUCGCCACGGCGACACGGGCUGCAGCGACCCUGCGUGCGCACGCGCGCACACACACGACGAGAAAAACAAAUUGGGCUGCAUUUGUUAUCGUUCAACGAUGCAAGAAGAGAAGACGAAGGAUUGACGAGAGCUGCUUCAGGUUCAACUUCUUCAUGUCAAUGACACGUCCAGCCGCACAUCACAGAGAUGAAACGGACGAAUAUUUUCCCACGAAUUCCUUCAGGAAUUAUAUUGACUGUGACUCCGUUCCCGGUUUGGUCAAAGUAAAAGCAAAUGCAAUGUUUGCAAAUGGUUUAUGUUGAUUCAACGCAAACAAAUAAGUCCGCUUUAGUGAAGGCCUAAAUAAAGCAGAGGGUAUUUACUCAAAAGGAAAAUUACUUUAAAAUAUGCUCAUUAUACAAAAUAUAAGAUUCCCUCUUUGCAUUGCAUUAGUGGACUAAAUGAACUUAUAUCUGAAAAAUGAAACAAUUAUUCUGCAGUGCGGUCCAAAGCUCAAUUUUGUCCUUUUCGCGCUGCCGUAGUAUUUACAUCACGACAACAUGGCGGCGGCCUGUCGCUCAGGACCGUCUUUUUUUCGCUGAACAUUUUAUAUUCAGAUAUUCGACGCUAUUCGUUGAGUUAUGAAUUGCUGCGAAAGUACUCGACGGUGCGUAUUGUGGAGUUUUCCGACGCAUAUUGGAAAAGCGUGACCUUGCUCGAUUAGCUCGUUUUGGCUAGCGAUGGCGACGGCGGAGAUGCUGCGGCCGGUGUCCCGCGAGCAGGCCAUCCUGGAGAGCUUCUUCGCGCAGCUCGGCGUGUUCUCCUUCGACCGCGCCAAGGACUACGUGGAGAAGGAGAAGGACGGCAGCAGCCGCAGCUGCGGCGCCGUGUGGGCCGCGCUGCUGGCCGCCUUGGCUCACCUGGCCGCCGCCGAGAAGGCUUACCACAACAUGACCUUCCUGGGACACAAAAUGGGCGGUCAGUCGUUCUUCAGCCGCAAGGACUCCACGCGCACCAUCUACACGUCCCUGCACAACGAGCUGCGCAAGGCGGCGACGUCGGGGCGGCACGGCCAGCCGGGCUCGGCGUCCGCGGCGCACCUGGAGGAGCUGCUGUGCCACCUGGCCGAGCAGCUGUGCCACUUCGCGCAGGCCCGCGUGGACAUGGCCGACCUCUACGAGAAGAUGCACGCGCUGGCCGCGCAGAAGAACGUCAACGGCGAGGCGCUGGCGGCGGCGCUGGACGCCGUGCUGCACAAGUACAGCUCCAAGUUCCACCACCCCAUCCUGGGCCGCCUGGAGGAGAGCUUCCAGACGGAGGUGGACGUGGUGAGCCAGCUGCUGCGCUGCCAGGGCCAGGUGUCCGAGUGGCGCUUCCUGCCCGCCCUGCUCAGCCUGCACGGCGCCGCCGCCAAGCUGGCGGCGUGGGGGCAACUCUUUCAGCGGCAGAAGGAGACCCGCAAACAUCUUUUCGGAGGUCAGUCCCACAAAAGCGUUCAGCCGCCGCACUUGUACGCCUGGCUGCAACGCUUCCAGGCCGCCCUGCUGGCCAAGUUCAGCUUCUACUUCCACGAAGCGCUGAGCCGCCAGACCGGCCCGGCCGAAAUGCGGGCGCUGACGGCCCGCGCCGCGCCCGACUACCACGGCAAGAUCUGCUCGUUCGUCCGAAAGCACGACGCCGGCAGCGUGUCGCUGGUGUUCGACACCCGCGGCUCCGAGAGCUUCCAGGGCCACGGCUACCGCCACCCGCACGCGUACCGCGAGGCGCCCAAGGGCGUGGAGCAGUUCCCCGCCGUGGUGUCGCUGCCGUCGGGCGAGCGCCCGCUCACGCACUGGCCCAACGUGGUGAUGAUGAUGGGCGACCGCGCCGCCGAGCUCGACGCCCCGGACAAGGUGGUGCACUUCUACGACGACAAGGUCCAGAGCACCUACUACCUGGCCCGGCCCGAGCCGCACUUCACGCUGGUGGUCAUCCUGGACGGCAGGAAGUCGGACAAGGACCUCGGCGUCGUGGCCUUCCUGCAGGAGAUGUGCGGCUCGCUGCGCAACUCCAAACCCUUCGGCGGCCUCAAGCCGGGCUCCAAGGGGUGAGCGCGCUUUCGACGCGUCCGGCCGCCCUUUUUCAUUUGCUUUGUGGUGUUAGGAGCGCGCAUUGCUCUGUCGCCGCAAUAAAGAUCGCAGAUGCGCGUCGACCGGGCGGACGCCUCUUCGAGAGCCGCCGGACUCAAGUUUGACACUCAACCCCGCAAAUUCGAUGAUCUCCUUCUGGAAUCUGUCCUCCGAUAUUCGCCAAAAACAUUUUGGCCCAUUGGUGCCAGGGAAAGCAUUUGAAGUGAAUUGAGGCGCUUCAUUGAGACAAAAGCAGGCCUUUGGUGCCAUCGAGGAAAUGAGAAAACCCUUUUAGGUCGGUUAAGGAUUUAUUCCAAAUCAAAAUAUAUCCACACAUUAGUAUUUAAUUUAAGCAGUAACAGUGUUACUUUGGUUGCCAUCUGAUGGCAUCUUGAUGCCAAGGAAACAAUUUGAAGUGAGUUGAGGAGCUUCAUUGAGACAAAAGUAGUCUUUUUUUUUUUUUUUUUUUUGCUGUCUUGUCAUCUUUAGGCAAUUACAAAUACAUUUCGUGGGGGCUUAUUUUUUAUUCUAAGUAAUAAUAUAUACUGCAUAUGUACAUAUCAACAUGUACGUAAAUGUAGAUGUUUCAUGGAAUGAAAUAGAAUAACAUUGAUAAAAGAAUAAUUCCUCAUUUAAAAAAAUACUACAAAUAAACAAUUUUACAUAUUUUGCAUUUGUACUUUGUUUUUAAGAAAAUCCAAAAAAAAUCUCAUCUACAGAU